CUGGUGGUGCGUUUCCUGACGCGGCGCUUCAUCGGCGACUACGCGCCCGCGCUGGAGCGCGUGUACGCACACACGGCGCCCGUGGACGGCGACGCGCAGGCCUUCGAGGUGCUGGACUGGGCCGGCGGCGGCGGAGGCGGCGGCGGCGGCGGUGGCGGCGGAGGCGAUUAUGCAAGUAGUUCUAACGAUGUGGUAAAAAUUAGAAACAAUGCCAAAAUCCAA